AUGGCACGCAGCCGCAACUACAACCAGCCAGGGCAGUACCGGGGAGUGAGGAAGCGCGGGGAAUUUCGUUACGUUGCAGAGAUUAAAGACACCAAGGGUGGGGUCCGCAGGUGGCUGGGUACGUUUCCUUCUGCAGAGGAGGCUGCUCGGGCGUUUGAUGAAGCUGCUUUGAAUCUACGAGGAUCAAAGGCGAAGCUUAACUUCCCAAGGAGGCAUAUUCAGGAAAGGAGAGGGGUAGUAGGUUCGGAUCCUGAAGCGCUAUUAGGAGAAACGGCUAGGAUGGAAGCAGCAGGAAGGGAUGCAGAGGUGGAUGGUGGAGGGAUGGGUAUGGGAGAGCAGCCACAUGGGUUGAUGGGUCAGACACUACAGCAGGGAGAGGGAUUAAUCAGGGACGGAGCAGUGACGUUUGCUGUGCCUCAAAGGCCGUUUGGAGAGGGUACGAGUAGGGUGGUGGCAGCGAGCUUCGCGUGUUGGUACCAGCUGCAAUUGUGGGACUGGGAGGAGGAGGAGGAGGAGGAGGAGGAGGAGGAGGAGGAGGAGGAGGAGGAGGAGGAGGAGGAGGAGGAGGAGGAGGAGGAGGAGGAGGGGAAGGAGGAGGAAGAGACAGGCGGUCAUCCCCGUGAAGGCAACCCAGUGUUUAGUAGCGCCGAGAUAAAUCUGCCAAGUGCUAUGGUAAAUGGACAGGGGUUGCUGGGGUUCAAUGCACUGGGAGCAGAUCUGGAAAGGUUUGGAGGGUUGGGAUUGCAAGAGGUGGUGGGAUUUGAGGGCUUGACGGAAGGUGAGAGGGAGUUGUUCUCUGAAAUUGCGGAGCAUUUUGCCGAGCAGCUGGGGGGAAUAGAAGAAACCGAAGGGGGUGGAGGGGGUGGGGUUGGUACUGCGAAAGGCAAGGAGGGAGUGGACGAAUGGGAGAUGCUUUCAGAGGAAGAAAGCAGUGGAAGCAGAGAGACCAUUGACGGGGAAGGUGCGAUGGAGGAGGCGGGUGCGAUGGAGAAGGAGGGUGCGAUGGAGAAGGAGGGUGCGAUGGAGAAGGAGGGUGCGAUGGAGGAGGAGAGUGCGUUGGAGACAAGGACGGGAAUGGAUGCGCACUUGGCUGGCCUUGUUUCCCAUGACAACAGGGUGGAACUGAUGGACCAACAGCAGCAGCAGCAGCAGCAGCAGCAGCAGCAGCAGCAGCAGCAGCAGCAGCAGCAGCAGCAGCAGCAGCAGCAGCAGCAGCAGCAGCAGCAGCAGCAGCAGCAGCAGCAGAAGCAGCAGCAGCACCAGAACCAACAGCAGCAGCUGCAGAAGCAGGAGGAGGAGGAGGUGCAGAACCAACAGCAGCAGCAGCAGCAGCUCAGUGCAUCAAGCUUCCAACGGCGCAGAUCUUUCAACAUGAAGGCUGGAAGGAGAGGCAAGGCACCUGCACGGUUUGCUUCUGCAGGCCCAAGAUUUCCAGCCAGCAAGUAUGCUCAAGAGCUGCACAAACGAUUGGGGAAGCAGCCUUGGUUGCCCUCCGUACAAGGGGCAAUGCAGCAGAUACAACUUGAGGGGAAGAAGAGGUUGACGCUGGAUGAGACACAGAUGGCGCAGCAGCCGCAGCAGCAGCAGCAGCAGCAGCAGCAGCAGCAGCAGCAGCAGCAGCAGCAGCAGCAGCAGCAGCAGCAGCAGCAGCAGCAGCAGCAGCAGCAGCAGCAGCAGCAGCAGCAGAAGCAGCAGCAGCAGCAGCAGCAGCAGCAGCAGCAGCAGCAGCAGCAGCAGCAGCAGCAGCAGCAGCAGCAGCAGCAGCAGCAGCAGCAGCAGCAGCAACAUGGGAGCGGUGGGAGCGGUGCGAUUGGUGCUGGCAUUGCUGGCGGUAUGGGUGUUGUUGGUCCUAUGUGUGGUGUAGCCUCUGCAGGUUUCAACGUGGGAAGUGGGAAUGGCGCGAAUUGUGCCGGAAAGGCUGCUGUCGGUGUUGCUGGUGGCGCUGCUGCUGUUGCACCUGCUGGGGGUGUGGACGGUGCGGCUGUCGUUGCUGGUGGUGCUGGUGUUUCUGGUGUUGCUGGGCUGGCAUCCUCCCCAGCCUGCUCUCCCAGUCCAAUUUCAUCUAUCCCUCUGCACAGGGUGAGGCGAUCACAGUCACAUGACCAGGGACCAAUGGGAGCAGGACAACUGAGCAGGCAAAUGCUGCGUACGUCAACAAUCGAGAAGCAGCCUUGGUUACCCGCCAGGAGGUAUGGACAAGGGGUGCUGCAGCAUGGACGGCUGGAGGGGCAGCAGAGGUCGUCGUUGGAUGAUAGAUGGAUGGCACAGCAGCAGCAGCAGAGCCUGUCGUUUUCAAUUCAGCAGCAGCAAUUGCAGUUGGUGCACCAGCAAGAGGAGCUGCAGCUGCUGCAUCAGCACCAAGAGCAGCUCAAUCGCCUCCAGUGUCACCUGCCCUUCCGCAGUCAGUCCACUCCCCCCAUGACACAUGCUGCUCUCACCUCCUCUGCUCUGACCUCUACUCCCGGCUUUGCUGGUGACGUUGCUUCUGGCGCUGCUGCUGGCGUUGCUACUGCUGCUGCUGCUGCUGCUGCUGCUGCUGCUGCUGCUGCUGCUGCUGCUGCUGCUGCUGCUGCUGCUGCUGCUGGUGCUGCUUCUGUCGCUGCUUCCGGAGCUGGUGCUGAGGAUGCAGUCUCCCACUCGCACCGUGUCCCUCCGUCCCCCGCCAAUCCAACCACCAACUUUGAUGGUACGGCCCGCUGGCAUGGAUUCAUCAACACAGAGAAGUGCGGUGUUGAUGCCUUGGAGCAUGAUGCCUAUAAGGGAAUCAACGGCUACGGGACUGGUGGUGGGACCCUAAACCCUGGCAGCAGUGGAAUAGAUGUCGAAAUGCAGGAACCUGCAGUAGAGGACUUCAGGCCUGCAUACAAUGCUGGUGCUACUGACCAGCCUACUGCUGAGCACCUUUCUCAUCCUCACCCCUCAGCCAACCUGUUGAUCCUGAGAGACAAGGAACACUCUGCAGUUGCUGCCUGGGGCCUCACCUCUUCAUCUUCUCGCAUCCAGGGUGCAGCCUAUCACAGCUUCGAGAAUCAUAUUAAUGCGGUCCCCUUGAUGGAGCAGUUGGGAGUCAACAGAGUAGGUUUGGAGGUUGGGGAACAUGGGAUUGAUGCAGGAGAGUUGAAUACAGGGGAAUUCGAGCAUGAAGCAUCGCCUAGCCCUGGUGCUGAAACCUACACCAUUGAUGCACUCGAGAGGUUCUUGAUGGAUAAUGGGGACCAUAGGGAAUAA